AUGAUUUUAUUAAAGAGGACAAAAAUUAGGGGCGUCAGCGUCUCUUUUGUAAGCUUGCAAAGAAGGACUCACAGCAGACUGGUGAACCCCAUAAGGCAGCAACAUCAACAAAUUACCAAGCAAAGGAGUUCAAAGAUUUUAAAGAAUGCGCAUUUCUAUGACUUUAGAUCGCUGCCCAAAGUACCUACUACACAGUAUUUGGAAGCUAGGGAGCUCACCCGCGAUAUUCUGUAUAGCGGAUACAGGCCAGUAAUGUACCCAGUGAAGGAAAACCCGCUAUUCAGAGAUAAGAAGAGAAAGUCCUUGCAAACGUUAUUAACAAUGAACGAGAAAACAAACGCAGAGGCGAAGACGAUCGAUGAGAAAAAGCACAAGAACAUAUUGUUUGGUGAACGUGGCACUGGUGGUAUAAUGUCAGGUGGCGUGAACGGUACAUGGAAGUACAAUCCCACCGUACCCAAUGAGCUGUUGCCAUUCAAUUGGUGGUCUACGUCCAGUAUGGGUAUGGAAUAUUUUCCUGAAUGGAAAAACGUGCCCCCAUAUAUGAUGAGAAAGUUGAAGCCGUUUGACAAGGCACUGCAAAUGCGGUUGACACACAAAAGCAAAAAAAAGAUGAAAUAA